AAUCCACAUCAGCCACCUCAAAACUGUCUUCUUGCCUGUAAUUUGGUUGCCACUCCAAGGUGGGUGUUCGUGAACAAGAAAGGAUACCAGGAGAAAGACGAGUCAAUUCUGAGCUCUGUUGUGUGUAAGAUUUAAGGGGUCUCAGUCACGAACACGACUGAGUCAGGGCUGAUGGUUUGGGGUCCUGAAGACUAUGCUAUUCCACCCAAGAGUCCCACAUUGCUCACCAGCCACUAUGCCGGGAAGAUGCACUCUAACGGGACCUGUGAAAUAUAUGCUUGGUGUCCCGUUGAGAAUAAAUUUGAUAGCGGCAUAAUCGGUAUCACGAUCGAGUGGAACUGUGACCUUGAAAAAGGCUAUUCCAACUGCCAUCCCAAAUAUGACUUCACACGCCUGGACCUCUCCAUCUUAAAAUCUCCAUCUGUCACAGCGGGAUUCAACAAAGACACACCCAGUAUUUCCGAAAUGACGCUGGGGAACGAAGAAGAGUGCUGUACAAAGUCUACGGGAUACAGUUUAAUAUCAUGGUCAAUGCACGCUGCAAUACGCGCUCAUUUGAAUAAAGUCAACUGAAGUUCAAUUUAUGUCCUACACUUUUAAAGCAGCGUACUCACUGAAAAGUGAUGUUGUGUUCCAGAUGCCUCGUACACCAUCCGUACUACUGUAGUUGCAAGUGGGGAAAUCUCCCAGUGUUCUUGCGGCAUUACACGGAGGAACGCCCCCAUUUGGUCUGUCCCACUCGGAAUUCGGAGAGUACACCGAGUUCAGGUAAACAAAUAAAAGAAUGGCUGUGUCCGUAAAGAGAUUGAUUUGUACCAGGUUGGUCAUUUUAUAUUAAUUUUAAACGCUCCUACACACUUGAUUACAGUGCUACUUUA